AUGCCGCUCCUCCCAAGCAAACUACGAACGUACAAAUACCCGGGUCGGAAAUGUCCCGUCUGCUCUGGUAAUCUGUACUUCUCCAAGGCAACGAACAGCUUCGCAUCGGCGACUUGCCUUGACAGUGAAACGCUUACACUGGUGCGGUCGCAGGCCUCACGAUGCAAUAGCUGUGGUAGUGCACUUCGUCACAACUUCGUCUGGUUGGGUGGCCAGAAGAUCAACUGUAUGACCUUUCACCAGAUGCAGAGAGCAGGUGUCUACUUCGUGACCCAGAAGACGUGCUUCACCAUGAAGUACCUGCAUCUGUGCUACCUCCGCCUACUCCGUGCCAAGACCUCCCCUGGACAAGAAGCCGCUGUUCGUCUCCUGGCAGAUUCGCACCACCCGCUACAGUUUUGGCAAGAACAUUCCUUGCGCGAUAAUCUCCUGCACGCCCUCGAGGGCUUCGCCGUGGCCAAGAAUGAGCCGGAUAAGGUCAUAGAGUUUAACCUUGAGUACCCCGCGAAGUCCAUCGUGAACAUGUCCGGUGCGUCGUCCCACGUCCAUGUCUUCGAGCCGCCCACGUCCGUUACCGCGGUCUGCUGCGACGGCAACUUCGGAGUUCAUCGUGCUCUGCUUUCAGGAGUGGACCCUCCCAGGUCUGUGAGACUGAAAGGCAAGCCACGCAAGCUCAUUGGUGAUUUCACACGCACAUGCUCCUGCAAACAGAAGGACGCUGUACGUCAGGUGCUACCCGAUCGGACUGCUGGAUGGCAAUUUGUCUUGGACCCUUCCUCUCAACGUCUUCUUGGGGCUUGCGAACAUCUCGUAAAUGAACGGUCGUCCGACAAAGUUCGACUCCUGCAAGCCGUCCUCGAUAUGCCAAACAUGAAGGUUGACCUCAUUAUCCAUGAUGAUGCCUGCCACUUGGAGGAGUCCGUUGUAGCUUUCUUCGUACUCGCGAUGCCGUACUCGGUGGUGUCCGUUUCAGGCCACAUGUCCCGCAAGGGCGGUGGCAAGUUCACCCUGGACUUGGGUGUGAGCGCUGCGGACUCAACCCCGGACCGCGAACCUCCGGCAGCUAAGACGUUGCACCAGCAGCUGCAGGAUGGAAGCCUCCCGGCACAUCCGUCCAAAGCGGCUAUGACUGUUCGUAAUCUACAGACCCAGAUCGCUAACAUCAAGCGCAGCGUGGGUUUGGGGUCGAAUAGCUGGUCCGAUGAAGCUGAGGAGGCCCUUAAGACUUGGCUACGUCGCCCUAAACUGUCUUCGGCUUCUUCCUCCAUUUCCGGGGACCGCGACAGUGGGUCAAGUCUCAAACGUAAGAUGCUCGUGAUGGCCCAGACGAUCGACGACCUCGAAGGCGUAGUGGCUCGCGCCCAGUGGGAUGCAGAAAAGCACGAAGAGACCGUGACUGAGCUCAAGAAGCUCAAGGCUAUUCUCAAAGAGAACGGCCUUCAGCAUCUGUAUGAGGUGCACCGGCGUUUCGACCGCAACAUGGAAGCCACCCAGCGGCUUUGCCGAGAUGUCCCGUGGCUGGUAGAUUCCUUGCCUGACCCAGGAGAAAAGCCUUUGCUGGCCGGCCGCCUUGAAGUUUUCUUGGGAGGAUUUUUCCCUGAAGCGGUUGAAGCUGCACAGAUUGUCCAGCGAGCACUCAUGACACUGGACGAAGCUGAACUACAAAUACUGGCCGAGAAGGCGGCAACUUCCCAAGCUUCGCACUUUGCCGUUUUUGCCGCGCUCUCGAGUCUUCUGUGCACGCAGGAGGGUCCGGAGAACGAGCUGCGUGAGCGUGGACGACGUUGGAUCGCAACUUUCCCUGCGUUGCAGCAGCUGGCGCCACUCUCGAGGGCAGAUCGGGAUGCACUCCCCGCACCUGUUCUCCGAGAGCUACAGGCCCAGGAUCAUCUGCCCUUGUUCACCGCCUUUCACGCGGCUGCAGCCAUUGCUGCAGCACCCCGAUCAGGUGUGUCCUACCCGCUGAAGAUCGCUGCCGAUGCCAGAGCAAAUAGCUUCCUGCCAGCUAUGCCAGACGAUGAAGAACAGGUCAUCAUUCAGGCCCUGAUUGGAGGGCAUGCGAAUGCUCGCAUGCGUGGUUUCACGAGAUACAAGUGCCAGUGUGGUGCACUCUACAUGGUUGGAGAAUGUGGAGAAGCCGUGGAAGAUGGAACCUGCCCUGAAUGUCAGCAGCAAAUUGGUGGCCUGCGGUAUGCAGAUCGCAACAACAAAAAGGUUGAUCAGUCCCCACUGGUCCGAUCAUUGGAUGCAUCGCCUGGCUACUUUCCUCAUCUACCAUCACGGGAUCUGCAUUUGGCAGCUCGGAAAAUGUCGCCACUUUGCUUUAGGACCUUGCAUUUCCUUCUCCACAGCGCUCUUUUGGCUCCCAUGUUUGACGGCCGUCACCCUCGCGUUUUACACAACUUCGAGAAGAUCUUGGAGCAUUUGAAGGCAGACUGGUACGUUAUCUCCCGCAUCCUUCAAGGCUCCCCUGCCGGCUUUCUGAUGGAAGUUGCACGCAGGCUGCUACUUGCAGAAGCUUCUUCUGGGGAGGUGCAGACGGUUCUAUCCGAGUCGGAACGUCCAGAGUGGGAGCGUCGAUUUGGAGAGGCCGUCGUCGAGUCAUGCGUCGACGGAGCACACAGAGCUGAGUUUGAUGCAAUGCUAUCGUGGAAUGCAUUGGCCGACGAAGUGCAGGCAGAGUUUCCACGGCUGCUGCUCGAUCACCUUCCCCCGCCAACUGCGCGCCCAGCCAGAAACUGGACAGUCUGGACAUCGGAAGGUUGCGAGAGCCUGUCGCAUUUGCCCAUCUUCUUGCGUCCUGGUCGCUCGUGCCUGGAGCUUGGAGCAGGCAAUUUCAGCUUCGCCCGAAGCCUUGCUCGCACACGUGGGCCCGCUGGGCUCACAGUCUCUUGUCUUGAAGCCCUCGGCGUGGUCGAAGCACGCUACAGCCAGCAGGACGACCUCAUUACACGCAGCAUUGCAGAAUUGCGAGACCAUGGAGUACGCCUGCUCGAUAACAUUGACGGGACCAUACUUCAGGAGACCUCCCUGGCCGGUGAGCAGUUCGACACCAUCUUGUUCAACUUUCCUCACGCCGGAACAUUUGAGGAUCGCAUUUCCAGCGGUCCACCGUCCACUCAUGCUGCAUUGAUUGAAGCGCUGUUCAAGGGGCUGAAACUCAGUUUGACCGCCCGCGGCUGCUUGUGCUUAACGCUGCACAAGAAUCAGUUCGAACAGUGGAAGGUCGAGCAACGUGCUAAGAACAUGGGCUUCCAUUUGGAGGGCGACAGCACCUUUGACCCUGGAGACUUUCCGGAGUACCGGCCGGUUUGGGGAGACGACCGAGAUUUCACCCGAAACUUCCAACCUGGGCAGAGGUACUCGCAUGCAGAGGCCAGGCUGUAUCGCUUCGUAACCAUUGAAGCGGCCCGGGAGCAGAAACGCCGAGCAAAGGAGACAAGAUCCAGAGCCUCGACAGAUGCUCCGGAUGCUAAGGAGCUGCCCAAGCCAGUCCAGGUGGCAGUUGAAGCAGCAGUCGACCGAGUUUGCGAUGAGGGCCCGUUGUUCUUCUCUCGCAUGUUGCGACUGGUAGAGAAACCAUCCUUGUCAAAGAUGGAGCGAGAGUUCCAGGCAAGACUGGCGCUGUCGGAGGAGUAUCCGCUUCUGGCACUUUGGCUGCGAGCUCGUGAGGAUCUCCAGAUGGCUGGCCACCUCAUGGCGGUGGUGGAUUGGGUUCGUUUUGUUCAGCAAAAUUUUGGAUUCAAGCUAGGCCGCGAGAACUCGCUGAUCACGACUUACCAGGCAUUGCAGCGAUUGAAAGAUGAAGACAGCACUUUUGCUCACGACACCAUGGCCCAACACAGAGAUUUGUUGACUCGGGCCGGGCAAGGUGCUAAACUCUUCGACAACUUUUGUGCAGCCUGGUCCAAGGGUUCGGCUUCAGGAUGCAUGGUGCGCUUGGGAUGCAAGGAGUUGCCCCCUCCCGGGGCCCUGACACUGGAGAGUGCGUUUGGCUUCAGCUGCCCAGAUGCAACAACUCUCAUGGGCUCCUAUGUGCUCGCCCUCAUCCAGGACUUAGCGGCGAAACAGAACCAGUUUGUGGAAGAUUGUCUGGCCGUUGCGAGCAGGGGAGAUAGCCAAAGUGCGCGUAGAGUGCGAAGUGUGUCCGAAUAUUGGUUUCAUCAAGGCCGGCUCUAUGUUCCCACGAUCAAAAUGCAGCAUUUGGAACCGAUGCACUUAUUGAAUGGCACCAUGCAGCAUGGGAGCUCGCUUGGAGAGCUGGGCUCGGUUGCAGGCAGUGCUGGCGCAUUGGCCGCAUGGGAGACGUCACUUCGCAUGGACCAGAUGGAGCUGGAUCGGCCUGAUCUUUUAGUUCCAGGUAGCACUUGUCUCUUCGAUUGGGAGCUGCUUGAACAGCACCUGGCAGAAGGUGUUCUGCAGAAGGCGGUUUACUUGGAUGCAGAGUCCGUGGAGCACUUUCCCUAUGCCGGUGAAGCUUUCCUGCACAUGUACACGUUCUUGGCAGAGGCCUGCGAACACGUCAAGCAAGAGCUCAGUCCCGACGAGCCGCGACAAUUUCUUCUCGACUCUGGUCCUGCAGACAGCCUGUCUAAGUCCUUGCAGGCAGUCAUUGCCUCCGUCCGUCGCUGUUGCCCGCCACCCGAACUUUCUGUUGCCGAGUUCUGUCAGCAGCAGUCCUGCUCUCCGCAUCUCUAUCACCUCGUGAGCCAGGAGCAGUGUCGGUCACUCCAAGUGAAGCAUUUGGUGCAUUUGUUCGAGGAAGCGGAGCUACAUGCGGCCGAAGAGGCAUUGCACCAGCACAGGCUUGCGAGGACCUUCUGCGCAGACCUCAAGUGCCCACUUCGAAGCAUGAAAGCAUGGCAUGGGGACUCCGCCGUCAUGGCUUUAGAUGUAUUGAAACGGAUAUUGAUGCGAUUUCUCCUCCUGGGCCGAUCUUGGAAGCCCGAAGAGGAGGUGCAGUACUUUGUAGAGUCGGCGCUGAGGAAAGUGCCUACGGUUUCACCCGAUGCAGUGUCUGGCCUUUUCGAUGGCUUGCAGUUGCAGCACAUCAACGCUGCCAUCCAAUUUGCUAGACACGCAUUGUCGUAUCAAUAG